AUGGAGCUCAGAAAGGUACUGAAGGAAAUCUCUGUUGGAGAAUUCAAUCUGAAUGAGACUGUGCAGGCCAAUUUGGAGGCCCCACUCCUUUCCAAGCUGGACCACCCAGCCAUUGUCAAGUUCCACACAAGCUUUGUGGAGCAAGAUAGUUUCUGCAUUAUCACAGAGUACUGUGAGGGCUGAGAUCUGGACUAUAAAAUUCAGGAAUUUAAAGAAGCAGGAAAAACCUUUCCAGAAAGUCAAAUAAUAGAAUGGUUUAUCCAGUUGUCUGGGGUUGACUAUAUGCAUGAAAGGUAUAUAUUACACAUUUUAAAGUUCAAACUGGUGUUUUUAGAUGAUAAUAGUAUUUGAAUUGGGGAUUUUGGAGUUUCUCGACUCCUAAUGGGCUCUCCUAUGAUUAGCCACUACUCUAACAUGAGUCCGGAGGCUCUGAAACACCAAGGCUGCAACACCAAGUCAGACAUCUGGUCUUUGGCAUGCAUUUUAUAUGAGAUGUGCUGCAUGAAUCAUGCAUUCACUGGAUCCAAUUUCUUGUCCAUUGUUUUAAAAAUUGUUGAAGGUGACACGCCUUCUCUCCCAGAGAGAUACCCAAGAGAAUUGAAUGCCAUAAUGGAAUGCAUGUUGAACAAGAGUCCUUCAUUGAGACCAUCUGCUGUAGAGAUUUUUAAAAGCCCUUACACUGAUGAACAACUACAGCACCUGAUGUACAGAUAUUCAGAAAUCACUCUGAAAGACAAGAAUUGGAAUUGUCAGAAGGAGACUGCUCAUAUAAUUAAUGUCAUGCAAAAGAAGACCCACCUGCAGACUCUGCAGGCACUGUCUGAAGUGCAGAAAAUGACCCCGAGAGAAAGCACGUGGCUGCGGAGGCCGCAGGCAGCUGAUGACAAGGCCAGGAAGCAGAAAAAGCUUGUGGAAGAAAAAUAUGAAGAAAAUAACAAACGAAUGCAGGAGCUGAGGUCUUGAAACUUUCAGCAGCUAACUGUUGGUGUACUCCAUGAAUUUGAUGACCUGACUUCAAAGAACCUGCCUGAGUCUCAGCACAUUUCUUCCCUGGACCUUGGCAUGCUUGAAUCAAGUGUAGAGGACACCAUGGCUGACCUUGGAGAUCAUUAUGAGAUCCCAGAAGACCCUCUUGUGGCUGAAGAGUAUUACACAGAUGCAUUUGAUUCCUGUUCUGCAGAAAGUGAAGAGGAGGAAGAAGAAAUAGUGUUUUCAGGACUGGAGGAAGAGGUCAAGGAUGAGGGACCCAAGACUGCUUACAGAACAAACCAACAGGACAGUGAUAUUGAAGCACUGAUUAGGUGUUUGGAAAAUGUCCUGGGUUGCACCGCUAUAGACACAAGGACCAUCAUCAGCCCAGCUCCAGACGUGCCCCCAAGACCAGCAAUGUUCAAGAGCGUGAUGGCCAAGACCACGGUGAAAUGCAUGAGGGAGUCAGCCAUGCAGAAGUUGGGGCCAGAAGUAUUUGAGGAGGUCUAUAAUUACCUCAAGCAGGCAAGGUGACAGAAUGCCAGUGAAGCAGAGGUCCGGGCAUCCCUAGAAAAAGUGGUACCUCAUGCCAGAGACUGUUUUGAGGUUGACCAGUUCCUCUACUUUGAGGAACAGUUGCUGAUCACAGUGGGAGAAAAGCCCACACUCCAGAGCCAUCACAACCAACCAUCAAAAGCAAGCAAGUUCAAAGGAACAAAUCUCUGUGAAAAUCCAUUCAACACGUAAGCUGGAAUCCCACACAUGGGAAUGGGCACACAGCUGCGCCUAACACCUUCACUUCCAUGCUGUAUCAAAAGGAACGUCCUUUCAGAGUCAUGCUGGGCCAGCCAGUGUCAUGUGCUCUUUGCUCUGUGAUAAGCCGGCCUCCUGAGAAUCAUCCCUGCACCAGUGCCCUCGGACUUUCACCCCGACAGUGGCCCGAACAUGCCACCCGCCCUUCACCACCUCCCCUGGGAGGACACACUCAGUGCCAGCCUUGGGUCUCCAUGCUGCAUGGCCAGCCUCUCCUCAGAGUCACUGGAUGCUGGACAUUGGCCUCUGACACGCCAACUGCUGCCCAGGAGUCACACCUGCCAGCUCAGAUGAGCUGGUUCUGGCCCACUUUUGCCUCCCUGGCUAGCAAGCAAGAAGUGCACACACACAAGGACCUGGACCCAAAGUCCCAGCAGUGAUUCUGUGACUUAGUCUCUGUAAGUCUGGGGAAAGGAAAUCCCCAGGCAAAAUACCUCUAAAAACUGAAAUCAGUCAAAGGGAGCAAUUAAGUUUAAAAUCUGUUUAUUGCUCACAAACUGCAGUUCUGGGCCACCUCUCUUUCCUGUUCCAGCAGAAGCAAAACUGGCCUCACCUCUCCGGUACAGAUAAGCCCUCUGUGCCCAGGUAAUUACCCACUGAUAUGGAGGUGAACUUCUCUCCCCACCUGAGGAAUGAUGCAAAUGCCCUCAAGCCAUACUUCUUUCCACCUCUGAAUGCCUAUUGAUAUGCUGAUGUGCCAAAGCAAGUGAGAUAUCCUGGAAAUGUUAUAAUUUUACCCACAGUGUCCACACUCACCCAUGGGGUUUUAAAGACUUGUAUUCUUAAUAAAUAAA